AAUAAGAUAUGACCUUUGGCCUUUAGGCACCGGAAAAAGCAUGGUCUUGUGUACAAAAUGCUGUCACUGUUACGACAAAGUGUAAAAACGUGGCAAAUAAGUAGUUUUCAAGGAAAUGAUGCAGGCAGAACUUCUCACCAGGCGUCAGCUCAAGUCUGCAUACGUUACCGUUGAAAAGCAGACAGUUCGUUGGAAGGAAAUUCAUCAAAAUUCCGACCAGUAUGUGAACUCGCUCUGCAACCUCUCGGAACAGUUGGACUCUUGUGAAAGGGUUCCCGAAAAAACGACGUUUUUGAAGGACUUUCCUGAUCUGAAAAUCAGACUGAGAGCAAAACUGUUGGGAGAGAUGGAGAAGAUGGCCGGGAAACUCAGAGAGACGCUAUGUUCCCUACAAGAAGUGUCCAACAGUAUCAGCAGACAGUACGCAGCGUCCAUGCACACGUACCAGACACACGCUGGAGAGCUGGGGAUUCACAAGGUCGUGCAGAGGUCGGCAACAGAACCUUCCGUGGCGGACAUGUUGGAAUGGUUGGGAGACAUCGACAGAGCUGUUCGAGAGCUCUAUCUCCAAAAACAGUUUCUCCUGGACACACUGAAGUAUGAUGACACCAGACAGAUGCAGAGUCUUCACAGGAGAUGGACACAAGACAGUAAUUUGGACACUAUGAUUAUGGGUAUGUCAUACCAUAUAAUACUGUAAAUAUAGAAACUUUUG